AUAUCAUUUAUAAUCCUAAGGUUAAAUAAUCUAGACUUUGGAAUGUUGAGCUUAGGAUUCUAAUAAAUAUAUAAAUAUAUAUUUUAUUUUUAAAAAAAAAUUAAAAAAUAGUUUCAAAAAUAAUUUUUGAAUUUCAAAAUGAAAUUUUUUAAAAAUAAUUAUAAAAAAGUUCGAAUUUGAAAAAAGUAUAAUUUGAAAACAUAUUUUUUUUUGAAUUUAUUUAAUUUUAUUUAUAUAAUUAUUUAAAUAAUUAUUUAUUAUAUAUAUAGAGAGCAAAGAUAUAAGGGUCUUUUGCAUCUUAAUGAAGAAGAUAUUUUUAAAAAUGUCUCUUUAGAAGUGUUAAACAUGAAUAAUGGUACCAACAAUGUGGUAAACAUGAAAAUUUCCUAUGUUAAUAUGGUUCAAAUUAGAUUAUAUAACUUGACCAUACAAAUAUCUACAAAUAUUUUAAUUACAAUUUAAAAAAAUAAUAUAUAUAUUUGGAUUGAUAAAAUUAAUUAUUUUACAAUUUUAGUUUGAUCAAAUCAUUAAAAUAAUUUUAAAUAUAUUUUCUUAUUAUUUAAAAAUAUUUUUAAAUUUUUGUAAUUAUUAUUUUUUUUUAAAUUUACCUAGUUCUAUGAUAAAAAUGAUGUUUUUGUUGAGUGAAUAAUAGAAACAAAUUUCCGAUUAUUAUGAACAGAGGAAUGUUAUCUCUCUGACUAUUUGAUAGGUAAUAUUUUUUUUUCUUUUGUUAGGGAAAAUGAAGCGAGAAUGAUUGAGAAGAUAUCAAAAGAUGUUUUAGAUAAAUUGAAUGCUACACCGUCUAGGGAUUUUUGUGGCAUGGUAGGAAUUGAGAUUCAUUUGAUGAAAGUACUGUCUUUGCUAGAUUUAGAUGAUGAUGGAGUGAAGAUGGUUGCAAUCUCUGGUCCUGCUGGGAUUGGUAAAACGACCAUUGCCAGAGCUUUACAUAGCAUAUUCUCGAGCCGUUUUCAACUAAGUUGUUUUGUGAACAACCUUAGAGGAAGUCACCAUAGUGGAUUUGAUGAGCACGGUUUGAAGUUGCAUUUACAAAACCAACUUCUUUCACAGAUGUUGAACCAAAAUGAUAUGAGGAUAAGCCAUCUGGGUGCUUUAAAAGAAAGGCUCUGCGACCACAGAGUGCUCAUCAUUCUUGAUGAUGUGAACAGUAUAAAGCAAUUAGAGGCGUUGGCUAAUGAAACUACAUGGUUUGGCCCUGGAAGUAGGAUUGUAGUUACCACAGAAAAUAAUGAGCUUAUGCAGCAACAUGGUAUCAACUAUACGUACCAUGUGGUGUUUCCAUCUGAUGAACAAGCUCUCAAAAUCUUGUGUAGAUAUGCUUUUAGGCAAAGCUAUCCACAUAUUUGUUUCAAAGAGCUUGCGUUGAGAGUAACAAAGCUUUGUGGUAAUCUUCCAUUGGGUCUCCGUGUGGUGGGUUCAUCUUUACGUGGGAAGAAUGAGGAGGAGUGGGAAGAGGUAAUACUCAAGCUAGAUACUAUUCUUGAUCAUCAAGACAUCGAGGAAGUACUAAAAGUCGGUUAUGAGAGUUUACAUGAGAAUGAACUAUCUCUAUUUCUCCAUAUUGCUGUCUUCUUCAACUAUAAUGAUGUUGAUUUUGUGAAAUCCAUGUUCGCUGACAAUAAUUUGGAUAUCAAACACGGGUUGAAAAUCCUGGUCAGCAGAUCUCUCAUACAUGUAUCUACUGAUGGAGAAAUAGUGAUGCACAAGUUACUACAACAAGUGGGUAGAAAAGCUGUUCGUAGAGAAGAACCAUGGAAAUGCAGGAUCUUAAUAGAGACUCCAGAUAUCUGUGAUGUUCUCGAACGUGCCAAAGGUUCUAGAGCUGUAUCUGGCAUAUUAUUUGACAUAUCUGAUAUCGAUGAGGUAUCUAUCAGCAGUAGAGCUUUUAAAAGAAUGCCUAAUCUUCGAUUCCUCAAGAUUUACAAAAGUAAAGAAGGUGGAAAUGAUAUAGAGAAUAUACCUGAGGACAUAGAGUUUCCACCUCGUUUAAGGUUACUACAUUGGGAGGCAUACCCAAACAAAUGUCUCCCUCCUACAUUUCAUCCUGAAUAUCUUGUUCAACUCAAUUUAAGAGAUAACGAGCUAGAGAAGCUCUGGGAAGGAACCCAGAGACUUCAAAAUCUGCAGAAGUUGGAUUUGUUUGGAUCCUUGAAUUUCAAGGAACUCCCGGAUCUUUCAAAUGCAUCAAAUCUUGACAGUUUGGAUCUGAGUGGUUGCGAGAGUUUGGUAGAGAUCCCUUCCUCUUUUAGAAAUCUUCAUAAACUAAAGCAGUUGACGAUGUUGUUGUGCAUAAAGUUACAAGUUGUUCCAGAUCACUUCAACUUGGCAUCUCUUACAUCAGUAGUCAUGGUGGGAUGCUGGAAACUGAGAAAACUCCCUGGUAUUUCCAGGAAUAUCACGUCACUCUCAAUCGCAGACACAAUGCUAGAAGAAUUGCCUGAAUCAGUAAGGCUUUGGUCUCGCCUUGAGACGCUCUCAAUAUAUGGCAGUCUCAACAUAUCACCAAUUUGGUUAGACCGGUGGCAAGAGCGAAAAGGCGCAGAUAUUGUAACAAUUCCAGACUGGAUCAAAGAUCUUCAUGGGUUAACAUGGCUUCAUGGGUUGUCCAAAACUUGCGUUACUGCCAGAGCUUCCUAGCUCGCUGAGAAAACUAACAGUGGAAACUUGUCUAUCACUAGUAUAUUUCCCUUUUGACUCUCAAGUUACCGAUUUCUUCUUCCCCCACUGCUUCAAAUUGUGUCCAGAAGCACGAAGUGUAAUUAUCCAGAAACAAGGUCGCAUGAGUGCAUACCUGCCUGGAGGAGAAAUACCUUGGGAAUUCGAAUACCAAGCUACAGGAAACGCCUUGACCAUCCCUUUCGAUAUCUACCGGUUUAGGAUUUGCGUUGUGAUAUCUCCUAAACGGGAGCAUAUAGAAGAUGUUAACCUAGUGUGUCGAACACGCAUAAACGGUUACCCUGUUGACUCAAUAAUAUAUCGGCGUCUCCCCAAUAUACUGUUGGGCCUAAUUAUUAACCCUAAUGGUUCAAAUAAUAUAUGACAAAAUGUGAAAAUGAAAUGGGCCUAUGGGUUCUUAUAAAAAGUCUUGUUGGCUUUAAUGAAAUGAAUUUAACAACAUCCCACAUUGGUUGGGAGAGUUGAUUUUGAGGAGUAUAUAUAUGUUUUCAUGACAUGAGAGGUUAAACAGCUCAGAGGAAGAGAGAGCUCCCCACGCGUGCACCGCCGCCGCCGUCCGGCUCGGCUUGGGUGGAGGGCCUUUGGGUGGAGGGCCUUUGGCCCGAUAAGAACUAUUCUUUUUGGACCAAGUUAAGCUCAACGUUUUGCCAGUUAUUUCGGGAAAAAAAAACAGCAUACAAUUUUAUUUAAAACGACAAGUAGUUUGUCUAAAAAUUAAAAAACGUCAUGCAUGUUAUCCUCUCGAAAAUUUAAAACGAGAUAAGAGAGAGUCUUGAGGAAAAAGUUUCGGAACUCAACUUCCCUCGAUCUCCGCGAGAUUCUCGCCCACGUGCAGCAGCUGUUGCGGGAAGUGGGUCUUCUCCGGCUCUUUAAAUAUCGUCUCUCCUCUUCCUUCAUUUCUUAAUUUUUUUUUUCUCCUGAUCGAAAUCCAACAGCAAAAAAUCCCUCUGCGUAAGUCUAUAUUGCGAGAGUGUUUCGUAGAGUUUAUAGUUCGAUAGGGCGAUCACGAGUGAGGCGUGAUUCGUCUGCCAUGGUUGUAUCCUGGGACUCUAUAUUCGUACAGUCCCGUCUCACUAACGGAGCGAAUAUUUUGAGUUAAGGAAAGAGAUCAUAUCUCGCCUCCAUGUCUAUUUGCGAAUACGGUUUCUUAUCGUCCUCGUAUUCGUUUUUCUAUAUUCGUCUAUUUCCUUAACUUCGCUUUUAUUAUAUCGUUUACAUCGGUCCGGUUUUCCGGCUUUUACAAUCUUAACUCAAAAUCGCUUUAUGUUUAAAGCUUUAAUCGGGUUGAUAAACGAUUAAUAGAAACGGGUUUUGGAACCGUGUUUGCGAUUUGCUUUCUAGCAUUUCCGCGAAACCUUUUGUUCUUAUCUCACAACGAUGUUUGCGAUUUGCUAUACGCUUUUCCGCGAAACGUUUCUGCCUAAAUGUGUUUCCGAUUUGCCUUAGAGCACUUCCGCGAAACGUUUCUGGUUUAUUUCAUUACACUUUGCGGAUUGCUUUCUAGCAUUUUCGCAAAACGUUGAUACAUUCUUCAAACGUUAUAUACAUGAAUCGUUUCAGUAACCGUUUUCUUAAGCGAGUUUGUGAAAAAUUCUAAGUCUAUAAAAAUGGUUUCUGCGAACGCUUUUAAGCGAGUUUGCAAAACGUUUUUUCCAGACUUAUAUCGAUAUGAUUUGGUUCAAAUACCAAAAAUGAACAUCGAUUUUAGACUAUUAUUUUCUUUAAAAUAAUAUGUUAUUUGUUGAAUGGAGUACUAAUCCGUUUUUUCAUGUUUUCUCUACAGAAAAAUGACAAACGAUAACAACACCCCCAUUGACACCACGGAUGUCAUUCAGACUCCACUCAACGCUGCAGCAACUGAUGCAACUGGCAUGACAACCGCUACGACAAACAUCACAGCAUCUACCGCUGCAGCAACAACAAACACUAUCCUCCCUGCGGGAAAUGCUGCUGAUGAAACCACUCGCCGUAGCCUAUUUGGUGCU